AUGUCGGGGUCGGAGGGCCGAGCCCUGAGGACCAGUUUGGCCUCCCAGUUCUUCAGCCAGGAGGAGAGUGGGAGCGAUGGGAGGAGCACCUCGGAGAGGGUUGUGGAUUUGCUGAACCAGGCAGCUCUGAUCGGCACCGAGGGCAAAAUCAACAUCCUGAGACAGGUGCAGGAGCUGAUCAUCAACAAGGACCCCACCCUGCUGGACAACUUCCUGGAUGAAAUCAUCGCCUUCCAGGCCGACAAAUCCAUCGAGGUGCGGAAAUUCGUGGUGGGCUUCAUCGAGGAGGCCUGCAAGCGGGACAUGGAGCUGCUGCUCAAACUCAUCGCCAACCUGAACAUGCUGCUCAAGGACGAGAACGUCAACGUGGUCAAAAGAGCCAUCCUGACCAUGACCCAGCUCUACAAGGUGGCCCUGCAGUGGAUGGUGAAGUCGAAGGUGAUCUCGGAGCUGCAGGAGGCCUGCUGGGAGAUGGUCUCAGCCAUGGCCAGUGACAUCAUCCUGCUGCUGGACUCGGACAACGACGGCGUCCGCACCCACGCCAUCAAGUUCGUGGAGGGGCUGAUCAUCACCCUGUCCCCCAGGGUGGCCGAGUCCGACGUCCCCAAACGGCACGAGAACGACAUCAGCCUGGACAGGAUCCCCAGGGACCACCCUGUCAUCAAAUACAGUGUGCUGUGGGAGGAGGGCAGGGCGGCGCUGGAGCAGCUGCUCAAGUUCAUGGUGCACCCGGCCAUCUCCUCCAUCAACCUGACGGCCGCGCUCGGCUCGCUCGCCACCAUCGCCCGCCAGCGGCCCAUGUUCAUGGCUGAGGUCAUCCAGGCCUAUGAGACACUCCAUGCCAACCUGCCCCCCACGCUGGCCAAGUCGCAGGUGAGCAGCGUGAGGAAGAACCUGAAGCUGCACCUGCUGAGCGUGCUCCGCCACCCCUGCUCGGGGGAUUUCCAGCCCCAGAUCACCACCCUGCUGGUGGACCUGGGCACCCCCCAGGCCGACAUCGCCCGCUGCACCCCCUGCCCCCGCGACGCCCGCAAGAGGCCCCGCGACGAGCCCGACCCCACCCUCAAGAAGAUGAAGAUCGGUGAGAACCCCGGAGGGAGGGGGGGUUGGGGACCUCAAAAUCUACCCAGGGUCAUUCAGGGUCAUCCAGGGUCAUCCAGGGUGACCUUGUAA